GGUUUCGUUGAGUGCUCGUGAGGUGAUGGAGGAAAACUUCGAACCGGUUUAUCAGGCUCAGCCCGGGUGGAGAACAUAAGAACCGCCCGCAGACGCCGACAGUAGGUCACAAUCAUGAUCCAUCUCAUCAUCGCUGGUGUGCUUGUCGCAGCUCUUUAUGUCGUCUUAGUGGAGACGCUCUUUAAGAAGUCGAAAUGUAAAGGAACCGCUGAUAUGACCGGGAAAACGGCAAUUAUUACAGGCGGGAAUACUGGUAUCGGUAAGGCCACAGCUCUAGAUCUGGCAGGUCGUGGAGUAAGAGUCAUUCUGGCCUGCAGAAACCAGAAGAGAGCAGAGGCAGCUAUAAAUGACAUCAAAAAGGCCACAGGAAGCAAUGAUAUCCUGUUCAUGGAGCUUGAUCUUGGAAGCCUCAAAUCUGUGCGAGCUUUUGCUAAGAACUUCCUCAAAUCUGAGGCAAGACUGGAUCUGCUCAUAAACAAUGCAGGUCUUGUGGCAGAUGGAAGAACCGAGGAUGGUUUUGGCAUAGAGUUUGGAGUAAACCAUCUUGGUCAUUUCCUGCUCACGUGUCUUCUCCUGGACCGUCUGAAGGAGAGUCCUGCUGCUCGCAUCAUCACUCUGUCCUCCAUGGCCUAUCGCUGGGGCAAGAUUGAUUUCGAUUCUCUUGUAGCUACCAAAGACCUGGGGUCAGGGCGAUACAGCUGGCAGUUCUUCCAGGCCUACUGCAACAGCAAACUCUGUAAUGUCCUGUUCACUCACGAACUGGCCAAGAGACUGAAGGGCACGAAUGUCACCUGCUACAGUGUGCAUCCAGGUGUUGUAAAGACUGAGCUCUCCCGCCAUGUGAGUCUCUGGCAGAAAGUGUUCAUCGAGCCAGUGGCUAGACUGCUGUUCCUGGACCCAAAAACUGGAGCCCAAACGACUCUGCAUUGUGCUGUACAGGAAGGAAUCGAGCAUUUCAGUGGACGUCAUUUCUCAUGCUGCGCUGUGGAGAAAGUUAGUGCCAAAGGUAAUGAUGACGCAGUGGCCAAAAAGCUUUGGGAAGUCAGUGAACGACUGAGCGGUCUUUCAUAAAACCAGAUAAACUGUUUUAUUUCUGAUGGCUGGAGACUAUCUGUGAACUUUAUCCCUAAAGGGGUGAAAACGUAUGAAGUGAUGAAACUGAUUGUGGCAUUUAUUAUUAUUUUUUUAUUUUUAUGGAUGGACAAUUAUUUUACAAGGUUUAGAGUGUUUUAUUUGUGUUUACAUGAACUGCUAUAUGCUGGUGUGAGUUUUUUUUACUGUAUUAAAGUAUCUAAUGAAAUCACUGUCAA